GGCCAAAACAGUACAAUUCACCUAAACUCAAAAGUAUGAUAUUACCAAAAGUGGAUAGUUGGAGUUGACAAGGACAUUGCUAAAUUGAAAUGAACAUUUGAUUCAAUAUGAUUAACAGUCAUGGUAGAAUCAUUAUUUACAUUAGGAUUAAAUAAUAUUCGUUUGAGGAGAUCGUUAAUCUUGGAAUGGGCCAAACUUGAGUCUAGGAAGGACUCGAUGAAUAAUGACGUUUUAAAAGUACUGAUUGACAAAAAAGGUGGGGGGAUCAAUGCAGUUGAUCAAUUUGGUGAUAAUGCACUAAUGUAUGCCGUACGUAAUAAUGCAACAAAAUGUGCGAAGUUGUUACUUGACCAUGGUGCUAAUGUAAAUGCUGUUAACAAUAAUGGUAAUACAGCAUUAAUGUAUGCAGCAUCAGUUAACAGUACAGUAGACUGCGUCAAGUUGCUCAUUGCAUAUGGUGCUGAUAUCAAUGCUAAGAAUAAUGACGGGACGACAGCUUUAAUACACGCGAAACCUGAAUGUAUGUGCAUAUUAGUUGAUAAGGGGGCGGAUGUAAACGCCAUCAAUAGAAUAGGACUUACAGCUCUCAUGCGGGCGUCAAGAUUCAAAAAUACAGCGCCCAUGGAAGCGUUAUUGCGUUUUUUUAAGCGUUUUUUUAAGGAACCACGCCCCGCCAUAAAUCAUCAUACCGUGAGCAAAGCUCUUAUGAUAUCACGUCCCCUUAAGAAAAGAUGAACGAUUUGUUUUCUGUAAUGACAAUCUUUACUUUGUUCUUUAUACUUUAUUCAUGGCUAUGUAUUGACUUGAUAGCUAGGCAAAAUAUAUCGAAUUCCAAUCGUUCAUAACGACAGUAUUUCAAAUUAAUAGGCAUACUAUAUUUUACAAUAUUG